GUCCCAGCUGGUAUGGGACAGAAUCAUGGCUGGGGUUGGAGGGUCUGGGGUGUUUCAAAAUCAUGGACUGGUAUCUCUGGUUUCUUUGCUUCAUAUCCCUCGCUGUCAGUGCUUUGGAUUGGAGAGAUGUGCUAACUGACGAAGAUGCGUACAAUGGGCGGAAAUAUGGACAUUUUCCGGACUCUCUGCGCCUGGAAAUGCGCGAAGAGGCCCGCAAGAUGUUCUACUUCGGGUACGACAACUACAUGAGAUACGCCUUCCCUAAAGACGAGCUGAACCCGCACGCCUGCAGUGGGAGGGGCCCAGAUGUGGACAACCCUGCAAAUAUCAACAUUAAUGAUGUCCUGGGCGACUACUCGCUGACCCUGGUGGACACGCUGGACACACUAGCUGUGAGUAUCAUGGGGAAUGCGAGCGAGUUCAAGCAUGCUGUUCAGCUGGUUCUGGACAACGUGUCGUUUGAGAGAAACACCACAGUGCAGGUGUUCGAGGCCACCAUAAGGGUGUUGGGCGCUCUCCUGUCAGCCCACCUCAUUAUCACGGACCCCCUGCAGCCGUUCGGGGACCUGCAGCCCGACGGGUACGAGAACGAUCUACUGGAGCUGGCGCACGACCUCGGGACGAGGUUACUGCCCGCGUUUGAGAACACGCCCACCGGUCUUCCCUAUCCUCGGGUAAAUUUGAAACAUGGUCUUCCAUCGAACCCCCGUAACGACACGUGUACGGCAGGGGCUGGCUCCCUGCUGCUGGAGUUCGGCAUGCUCAGUCGGCUAGUCGGCGAUCCCACGUACGAGAGUAUCGCCAGGAGAGCAGUCAAGGCGCUGUGGAGGUACAGACAUGCCUCCACUGGACUUGUAGGGAACACUAUAAACAUCCAGACCGGAGAGUGGAUGGGUCCUUGGGCAGGGCUGGGGGCGGGGUCAGACUCUUUCUAUGAAUACCUGUUCAAGGGCUACAUCAUGUAUGGGGAUCCUGAGGACCUGAAAAUGUUUCGGGAGAUCUACACCAGCGUCAAGGAGAACCUCAGGAAAGGCCGAGACAGGUGUAAUAGCGGCCAGGGGAAUCCUCCCAUGUACGUUAACGUGAACAUCGGGGACGGCUCGCUGGCCUCCACCUGGGUGGACUCCCUGCAGGCCUUCUGGGCGGGGCUUCAGGUUCUGAAUGGAGACAUAGAGGAGGCGAUCUGCCACCAUGCUGUGUACUACGCCAUCUGGCGGCGCUACGGGGCACUGCCGGAGAGGUUCAACUGGCAUCUGAAGGCACCUGAUGUCCGUUUCUACCCACUGCGACCUGAACUGGUGGAGUCAACAUACUUACUGUAUCAGGCCACCAAGAACCCCUUCUACCUGCAUGUGGGGACAGACAUCUUGAAAAGCUUAGAGCAACAUGCCAAGGCAAAAUGUGGCUAUGCAACACUACACUGUGUGAUCAACAAGACUCAGGAAGACCGCAUGGAGAGCUUCUUUCUCAGUGAGACUUGCAAAUAUCUGUAUUUGUUGUUUGACAAGGACAACCACGUGAACCAGCAUGCUCGACGUUACCUGUUCACCACUGAGGGACACCUGCUCAGGGUCGACAAGACGUUCCGCAGGUCACCCUGGGAGUGGGAGGGGCUGUCCCAACCAAAGAGGUCAAAGGUUGAAGAGCAACUGUCGGUGGUGGAUGCUCUGAGCAUGAAUGGGACAAAUUGUCACAAGAUCCCAAUAGAAAGACGGUACCUGCUGCCACUCCAGAGUCAAUAUCAACAUCAACUGGACAGUUUUAUGGGGCUGAACACAUAGCAGUUACAAGACAUACUCCACUGCCAUCACUGUCUGACAUUUUGCCAUAUAUUUAAAUCUAUGAGAUUUUACAUGUACUGGUUAAAUGACCUGUGUUUAACAAUCUCUAGCUGUCAGGGGCUGAUUGUGCCUCCUCUCCUCGUGUCCAUUCACCUCUAUCUCAAGUGAACCAUUCCCUUUCCUAGAGUCACCAAUGGGAGCUCAGGAUUCUUUAUCACUAUGAAAAUCAGUCCAAUAGGAGCUCAGGAUUUCCUGUUACUAUGGAAACAGACAGUCUGACAAUAUAAAUUAACAGGAUUAGGAUGUUCCCAAUUCUCCUGACUUAGAGGUGUAGGGGCCUGACCUGUGGAAGGGCUGCUAGCAGCUUGAGUUAGUCAGGCUACUGGUUAAUAGCUGAUUGACAUAUUUAUUGAGUUGCAUGUUGAAGCAAUGGUUUGAGACUGCAACAGUCUAAAAGUUUGAAAAGUCACAAGCUUUACAUGUAGGUACAUCUACCUCUACAUGUAGCUAGGGCUUGGUGAAGUACUGGACUUUUGUUCAGAUACUAUGAUAGAAUGACACAGUUACUGUUAUUAUUUUUCUAUAUUUAAGGGGCUGAUGCUUUGCCAUCAUUACAUUUGUAUCUCUGACUAUUACUAGAGAAAACUUAUAUCACAGUUUGAAUGAGCAGUUCUAUGUGUGUUAAGGUUCUGUUUUGGUUUAUGUUGGUUGUAUUACAGUAAUGUUGCUGUGCUGCUCCGUACUAGGAUUUUAUGCAUCUCCACCUGCUAGCAGACAGAGAACUGAUACUUGCCUCUACUUCUCAAUCAUUGAUACUCUAUUUUCAGACAUGUUUGCUUUUAUACAUGUAUAAGAGAGGGGAGAAAAUACCUCUUAGUAUAUCUUUUAAGGUGGCAGAACAUAAGGAUAUACCAGGAUAUUACGUCAACAGUGCCUAGUGUAACUUUAAGGUCAUUAGUGCCUCACAGUAAAUUCAUCAUUCCAGUAUCCUUUAGCUGUCAUCAAAGGAACAGGGCCUUGCCAAAUGAACUGAUAUACACGUUUUCAUAUCACACAUUUGGUAUUAAGACAAGUAGUGCCAAUAUUGGUCAUGAUAUGAACAUUUUUCAGACUAUUGCCUUGUAGUCUGAUAGCAAAGUGCUAGAGGGAGUUGUCAUUUGGUUUGGAAAGGGAUAACUGCCAAAGCACAUUGUCCCUCCGAAAAGAAACAAGAAUCAAAGAUCUUGAAUAUCUGAAAUAUUUGUAAAUGACAUAGUCAUAGCCAUCACAGAUGUUUGUGGUCUUUGCCUUCUUUUUAAUCGUUCCUGAUUUAUCUCCCUCCCAUAAGCAUGGUGUACAACCAUAGGGGGGCAUUCAUUGGGCUGUCCAUGGGCUAUACCACAAUACCUUCAGGAAGGGGACGUUGGUCUGUAAUUUUUCUGUACCUGAAAAUGCUAAGGGAUCCAAAACCACCAUGUUUCCUUGGGACCUCAGUAACUAACUGUCCACAUAUUGAAAUUCAUGCAAAUCUGCCAAAAGGAUCUUGAGUCAUACAUCACACAAACAACCAGAAACACUUGCCCUGUCACAAGUAAACCUCCAUCCAGGAGGUAACAAAGACUUAUCUAUGAGUCCGCUUUCUUCUAAUUUCAUUCCAAUGGACACCUGAUACAGAAUGAGUAUGUCUAUUUCAUAGAAUUUGCCAUGGAAGAAAGAGGCAAAAUUGCACUAAUAGUAUGACUACUUAUUUGUGCCUUUGUUCUUUUCGAGAAAUGACAGCUCCCUACUAGUACUCCACAGUCUGCCAUGAAUAAGAUAAUCAAGCUAUUUAACAAUGAAUCAUUCCAAAAGAUCACUAUUUCUACUUCAACCAAACAUGAUGCCAACAACUGUGAAUGUUGCACCUAAGAUUAUUCAGUGAGAUUUUGUAUGACAAUGAAUGUUAUAUGAAGACACAAUAGAAACUCUGGCCAUUACACCAAGGAGCUUUAAGAAAAACUCCUUACUUAACUAUUGCAGUGAAAUUGAAUUCUUGUUUCAUCUUGAUAAUUGUAAUUACACGUAAUUGUGCAGACAGUACAAUCUAUUCCAAUAUUUUGUCAGAUAUAUGUUGAUAAGAAUUUCUACAGGAAUGUCCGUCUCAAGUGUCCUUUGAGGUAACAAUGAAGGGUUAAAGUUUGGGUAAGGUGAUGCCAUUAUAGUACAAGUCAUAUGAUUUUAAUGCAACAUGUAGAUCAAGACGAGCUACUCUUUUUGUUCCUAGGUUGGUUAGACUUGUGCUGUAUUGACUGGUUAUUCAUCACUGUUAAAUCAUGACAAGGGCUAAAUCAGUAGCGUCAUAUUGUGAUGACUACAUGUAUUUGUUUGAGUAUCUUUCUUUUAAAAUGGAUGGUUUAGAUUGUCAAAUGCACUGCGACAAAACUCAGCUUGGUAAUUUCAUAUUUUCUGAGGUGAUUGGUUUCCAAGAUGAACCAAUUUGACAUACUCUGAUAGCCUUGAUAAGUAUAUAGUGGCAUAAUGGCCUUCGUUAAGAUAUCAUCUAUUUUGCUGUCAAUUACCUGGACAUUUGGAAUCAAAAAUGUGCAGUAAAUUAUCUGAGAGGUUAACAGGGUCAAGUUGACGAUUAUUAGUAUAUUUUCACAGAAAUAAAUGUUAGAGAACCUGGUGAAAAUCUGUUAUACAAAAUGUGCCAUUAAAAGCCUCAAGAGAAAAUGC